UCUGGACAAUUCGCGCAGGUUGGGGCAUCGAAUUUCGUUGAAUGUUAGGUUAGAUUAACAAAAAUAAAUAAAUAAAUAAAAAAACACAAAGAGAAAGAUUUUCAGGUGACCCCCGUAGUCCUUCAUGGAAAAUAAUUUUAUUAAAAUGAGGUUCUCUUUUUUACUUUUACAAGAAACUGGAAAAGAAGUGUAGAAAUAUAUACUUUUAACUUACGUAUGCCUACCGACAAAAGAAGAGAUUGCCGGAUUACAACGGGAAUUUUUUUGUUUUGCAUAUUCUGUUAUUUUUUUGUCCAUUUUAACACUUUUUCUGUAAUUCUCGUACGUCGGACCGUAUAAUCAAACUUUUCACCUAAGUCCUAUUUUUUUUGUUUUGUUUAUUUUUUAGAAGAUUUUCCACUUAAAAAACUGCCAGAAUACUUCGUUUUACAUUUAAGGUUCUGAAUAUCAGUCAGCUUUGCCUUGGUUGGAGGAAAGUGCGUUCUCUUCUGAGAGAUGUCGGGAAAAAACAACGGAAGUCAGGGGAUUUCCUUUCUGACACCUUGUAGGGUAGUCACCUCCUUCUUGAUAUUGUUCCUGCUAGUUGGGAUUGGAGCAGCAGCUUGGGCUGUUGUAAAGUUUUUAAUCAAGCCAGAAGAAACAGGUUUAUAUGAUGUCCAGGUGAACUCAGCUGACCAACGGCUGAGUGUGUUUGAUCGCACACAGGGCAGGUGGCGGUCUGUCUGUUCAUCCAGCUCCAAUGAGCUCCUGGCCAACAUCAGCUGUGAAGAGAUGGGCUUUAUUAGGGCUCUCAACCACUCAGUGUACAGCAUUCUCGACGGCAUCAACAAUUCCGGGGAUUUCUUCUGUGUGGGUGUGGAAGAGUUAACAUAUGGAAAAAAGAUUCAAGAGUUCCUCUCUCCAUGCUCCCUAGGCACCACAACAGGUGGCUGUCCUUCACAGCCCAGCUUGCUCUCAUGGACAGCAACAUGGACAAGCAACUGUGAGAGUGGGCUGAUCCUUAGAGUGCAUUGUCAAGACUGUGGUCUCCGAAGCCUGACAGAAGAUCGCAUCGUCGGGGGGCUGGAUGCCCGGCAGGGCAGCUGGCCAUGGCAGGUUAGCCUGCAGUACGAUGGGGUUCACCAGUGUGGCGGCUCCAUCAUCUCCGACCGCUGGAUCGUCAGUGCUGCCCACUGUUUCCCAGAGCGGUAUCGCCACGUGGCUCGGUGGAGGGUACUUCUUGGCUCCAUCUACAAAGCUCACACUCACAGCAGCGUGCAGACAGCCGAGGUGCAGACGGUGGUCUUCCACAGUAGCUACCUGCCCUUCGUGGAUCCCAAUGUUGACGAUAAUAGUCGUGAUAUUGCCGUCUUGGCCCUUACCAGCCGGCUGCAAUUCACUGAAUAUAUUCAGCCAGUGUGCCUUCCAACCUAUGGCCAGCGACUGAUUGAUGGACAGAUGGGAACCGUCACAGGCUGGGGCAACACUGAGUAUUACGGCCAGCCGUCAGAUGUGUUACAAGAAGCCAAUGUGCCUAUUAUCAGUGAUGCCAUCUGCAAUGCCCCUGACUACUAUGAUAACCAAAUUACCACAAGCAUGUUCUGUGCUGGGUAUGAGAAAGGUGGCACUGAUGCCUGCCAGGGUGACAGCGGAGGGCCCUUUGUGUCUGAGGACACCCUUUCCAAGGCAAGCCGCUACCGCUUGCUGGGGGUCGUCAGCUGGGGCACGGGCUGCGCCAUGGCCAAAAAGCCCGGUGUCUACACCAAGGUUUCCCGCUUCUUGCCCUGGAUCUCAUCUGCAAUGAGGACGUUUGAGAAUGUUCCUGGUGUACAUAAAAUGUCACGAACAUGAAGGUCUCCAUGAUUUCUUCACCACAGGCACUUUGAUACGCCUCCUUAGCUAUCCUCUCUGUAACACCUUCCAUUCUGUCCCUAGUCCAGCAGCAUUUGUUAUUAUCCUGCAUUUGAGUGCUCACAUACUGUAUAACUCCACAGCCAUUUAAAUUCAACCUAUGGGCUACAGCUUACGCCCUCAUUUUCAUUAGACUUUUCUGACUGGUAUUAAAAGCAAAUUCUGGCCUUAAGUCAGUAUUGUCCAAAGCAUCCAAAGAAAACUGUUUUGCAUGCACCUUGAAUAGUGUAUGUGUAGCUAUCAGCAAAGUAGCACCCUGUUCAUUUAUAGUCAGGCCAGGAAACUGCUGAGGUAAAACAAGCAGAAAUAAUUUUUAAUGCAGCUAAUAAUUAAUAAUACUAAUACAUUAUCAGUCCCCUUUAUGAUGUGUUUUCUUUAUAUUUUAUGGAUGAUAACAUAAUGGAGGCAAAAUGUGUUCUGUGAUUUGAAGAAUUUUGAAAAUGUUUCAUAGAGAUUAUAUACCUGGUAGGUUACAGGCUUGGCAGAUUUCCCUAGUGAGGCUGUAGUAACUGUUUGCACUGCAUAUAAAAUAAUCAGCAGUCUGAUAAGGAACUUUAAAGUCAAGGUGUAUAAUGCUAAGUAUUGAAGAAUAGCCCAUGGCUUCUCAUUGUGCCUUUUACUUAAUUGACACUAUGUGUUACAUUAUACCUGAUUUAGGAAGUAAUAGAUGUGCAUGCAUGUAAGCAGAACCAAAUGUAAGUCAAAUACUGGCAGAAUAUAUACUCAUUGACUCAUUACUUCUGAAAUGUAUAUUUAAAAUGUAAAUAUGCCUGCAUUUUACUAUUCCUGUAUGUCAGUAAUUUGUAAUUGGACACCUGAUCCCAGUAAUGAAGAAAAAAUAAGACAUAGAAUCACCUUUUGUUUGAAUUCAUGUACAUGUUUAGAAUUCUUGAAAACAAAAUAAAAGUAUUUGAUAUUUGUUUGUUAACAAUA